UAUCAUUACUAGUUGAUCCGGAAGACAAAAAAGAUGAAGUUUUUGCUCAUUUUAAGUGCUGUGCUUGUCUUGGUACUUGCCACUGACCGGGAUCAGCCUCAACGCUCAAAUUGGAUUCGUCGAAACAACAACAAAAUCGACUCAUCAAGUUCUAGCUCAUCAAGCUCUAGCUCAUCAAGUUCAGACUCAUCAUCAAGCUCAAACUCGUCAUCAAGCUCUUCAUCCUCAAGUUCUAGUUCCAGCUCGAGCUCAAGUUCAUCAAGUUCUUCAUCAGAAAGUGCUGAACACAGCCACGGCUCUCCAAGAAUCUUAAAGACUCAACAAUACAAUCCAGACCGCUGUAUUCUCAUUCCAGAACCAACUUCAGAUGAACUAAAUGAGUUCCAUCAGUGGGCAGCAAAGUUCAACAGACAGUACUUGACAGACCGUGAGAAGACAUGCAGAAUGAUUAAUGUGAUUAAAAAGCUUCGUGAAAUUUUCGUCCACAACAAGCGAUAUGAGCAAGGCAAGGUCAACUUCAAGCGUAACUUGAAUGACUUUUCAGACUUGACAGAACAAGAAAGUAGCAAUCGACUUCUUAUGAAGCAAAUGCCAGAAAGAAAAUUAGUAAAAGCUAAAGCUGAGGAGUUGCCAGACUUACCAGAACCUAGAGAAUCAGUUGAUUACAGAACCGAAGGUUUAGUCGGACCUAUUGGAUUACAAUUGUAUUGUGGAAGUUGCUUCGCAUGGUCAAGUGCUGCUGUUUUGGAAGGACAAUUGAGAAAAUGUGGAAUCUAUAAUGGAACCGUGUCUGUCCAGCUUAUGGUUGACUGUCCAACUAAGGGAUGCUCACAGUGUGAUGGUGGAAUUGAAUACUACGUCUUUGACUGGCAAAAGAAAGGUGGAAUCUAUCCAGCAGCCAAAUAUCCAUACCUUGACAGAAAUGGACGAUGCUCAUACAAUAGACGAGAUGCAGUUGCAUUUGUUGACAAAGCUUUUGGUUAUGACUUUGAGCCAAUCAAGGGAAGUCAUGAGUACUUCCAGAAAACUUGUUUCAACUGUCGGACCAAUCUCAUCUGGUAUUUGUGUUGAAGAUAGUUUUAAGGAUUAUUCAUCAGGUGUUUAUGAUGCUCCACGUUGUUGUACUCAACAAGAUCAUGCUAUUUCAAUUGUUGGAUAUGGAACUGACCCACGUGAAGGUGACUACUGGUUGAUCAAGAACAGCUGGGGCAAGUACUGGGGUGAGAAUGGCUUUGGAAGAAUCGCAAUGGGCAAAAAUGUCUGUGACUUUGAAAGAGAAGUUUUCUUCGCACAGCUCCGUGACACAAAAGGAAAAGUUUGUCAAAUAUUCUAAGGUUCUGACUGUGAUUGCA